AUAUCGUUUCAAGUUGAUAUUUCUUUGGUUCAUCCUACCUCUGAGUACAUCCCGAAGGCCGUGUUCAUCCCUUAGUUAUAUUUACAUCCAAUCGUCCAGUUUGAUAGAGUCCAAUCUUCUUUGCUCCCUCCUUUUCUUCUGAUCGUCCUCCUCCCUCCUUAUAAAGGUGCUCUUCUCAUACUCUCUCAUGAGUUGCAACUUUUUUCACGUUCAUUGACCUUGAUUAUAAAAGUCUCAGCAUAAUUUCCGGGAAUCCAGUUGGGAGUCCUCCGCUCACCGUUAAAGUGUCCAGGAAUAAUAAAACCUUUGCUUAGUUCUUCAACUAUCAUUUGUUAUUUAGUUUACAAGUGUGUAUCUUCUUCAUACCAUCUUUCUUCACACAUCAUCUCAAGAUGAAGUUUAUCCUUUUUACCAUUGCUUUGGUCAUCGCAUCGGCCUCAGGACAAAUUAUCCGACCUAAUUCACUUCCAGGUCUCAUCUCAAUCGUCCGAUUCCAAAAUACUGCUUGUAAUGGAGAGAACGGUGAUUCAGGUACCUGUUUAGCUGAAGCAGAAUGUAAUCGUCGAGCUGGAACCAGUAUCGGAAGCUGUGCCAAUAACUUUGGUUCCUGUUGUUCAUUCAAAUUUACUUGCGGAGGAACCACCAGUCAAAAUGAGACCGUUUUCGUUAACCCAUCUUAUCCACGAGGAGAGAAUGGAACCGACACUUGUCAAGUUACUAUUGAAAAGCAAGCCAAAGUUUGCCAGCUUAGACUUGACUUUGAAGAGUUUACUUUAGCUCAACCAGACGAGAAUGGUCUUUGUACUACUGACUCAUUCAUGGUGAGAACAACUGUUGGUGAACGUUUACCAAUCCUUUGUGGUGAAAAUGCUGGUCAACACAUUUACAUUGAUAUGGGACGAGGUAGUGCAAACCCAGUUGUCCUUUCAGUUGUAUCCAAUGGAGACCGAGUUACCCGAAGAUGGAAGGUUAAGAUUAACAUGAUCCCCUGUAACAACCUUGACAUGGCCCCAUCCGGUUGUAUGCAAUACUACAGAAGCCCAUCAUCCAUCAUCAAGAGUUUCAACUAUGGCUCAAGGAUUGAAAGCCGAUCACGAUACCUUUCAAACCUUAGAUACACCGCUUGUGUUCGAGUUGAAGAAAACUUCUGUGCCAUUAAAUGGGAAACUGAAUCAGCAAACUCCUUCAGUUUCGGAGCUCCAUUCGAAGAACUCAGUCUUGGUAACCAAACUCGCCUUGGCGGUGCUACUGGUGGACUCUGCUCACAAGAUGAUUUCGUAGGAAUUGAUCAAGGAUCCGUUGACGGAACUGGACCCGGUGACGAUCGAUUCUGUGGUAACCGACUUUUGGAGAUGAACUCCGUUAUUUCUAGAUCAAAGCCAUUCAUGCUUAAGGUUCGAUCUAACCAUGAUCAAACUCUUAACGCUGCCAACUCACAACAAGGUUUUAGUCUUCGAUAUGUUCAACUACCUUGUGUUAUUUAAUUUAAUUAAUUUAUUUGAUCCAGUAAAAGAAACAAAAUAAGCAGUUAAUUAAUUUUAGAAUUGAGAAACAAAGAAAAAGAAACAAAAAAAACAGAUUAAUUUAUUAACAAUUACAGUCAUCUGUUGAUUAAUGGACAAUCAUCAUUCUCAACAACGCCAACAUUAAGAACAAAGUAUAAAACAUAACUACGAACGAAACCCGCCGAGAGAAAACGAUUUCAAUCAAAUUAUGUUUUUUCACUCAAUUAUUUAUUAUUAAAUUAUUACUAUUAUUAUAAUUAAAUUGGCGAUUUUUUAAGUUAAAA